UUUGGAUUACAUAUUUAUAUUAUUUUGAGAAAAAUUAAAUAAAAACUAAGAUAAGAAUAAACUGCGAUUGCGAGAUACCCGGAACCCAUUUUUAAUAAAAGCAAAAUCGUGCGGUAUUAAUUUCAAAGUACAUUAAAUUAGCAUACCGCAAAAUUCUAAAAUAUGUCAAGGGCUGUAUUUGGUAUAAUGGUGUAGUACUAUAUUCAAAAAAAAUAUCAGAAAAGGAUCCGGUUUAAUUACUCUUUGUCCACACAUAACAUAAAUACUACAUAACUUUUAUUGUGAACAUCAAUUAAAAAUCGAUUAGUUGCCAGUAUCUCGUUCAUCCCGCUAGCUCGAUCAUCCACCACUAUUAUAGUAAAGUUCACUUGAGUACAAUCAUCGAGAUGAAACUGUUCGUAAUUUGUAAGUCAAUGUGCUGCCUGGAAAUAAUCGCUCUACUGUGGAUCUCCAAUCUAGCUCGAACCGAAGCUGCUAGCCUACUGAUACAAUCUGGCGAAAGUAAGUUCAGUCCCAAGUACUUUCAAAACUUUACCAUUGACAUCAUCAACAACACGCUCAACCUGGAAAUGACCACCAUAAAGCCCUUUACACGUGGCUUUAAGGUUCAUCUCGACUUCUCCAUCAGUCUGGGCAAAACAAAGCAUUAUCAAAGCGUCUUCUCGCACAUCAUUGACACCUGCGGAGUUGUUUCCGCAGUGAAAAACAAUAUAUUUAAGUCCUGGUUUCAGUCAAUGCUGGAACAUGGCAAUUUCAUGUACAAUUGCCCCGUUGUUGUGGGUCAUUAUUUCUUGCGCAACUGGAAGUUGGAUGGACAAUUGGUACCUCACUAUUUGUAUGCUGGAGAUUACCGUGUGAAGGGUCACUUCUUCUUCGGCAAACUCAAAUCGAAACAUGAGGAUUUUGUUUUAGAUCUAACUAUAUUUGCAUUGUUAAAAACCAAUUAA